AUGGAACAACUGGCACGUGCAGGUGUUCUCUGGUCAAUGUGGAUCAUUCCUGAUUUUGGUCUCACUGUGAUGAGUGUAGAAAGCCUCUCUGAUCCUCCUUCCUCCAUCACUGCCAAACUGGACGGUGUGAAGACGUACAUGCGCAUGCGGAGAGUGCCGGCGCACCUACAAGCCAAGGUCAUCAAGUGGUUUGAUUACCUGUGGCUCACCCAGAAGUGUUCCGACGAGGAGAAGGCCGUCAGCUGCUUACCAGACAAACUGAAGGCGGAGAUGGCCAUCCAUGUUCACUUGGACACCCUCAAGCGCGUGGAGAUCUUCCAGAACACAGAGGCGGGUUUCCUUUGUGAACUGGUGCUGCACCUCCGCCCAGUACUCUUCUCUCCCGGUGACUACAUCUGUAGAAAAGGGGAGGUAGGCAAGGAGAUGUACAUCGUCAACAGAGGUAAACUUCACGUAGUUGCGGACAACGGCAAGACGAUGUUAGCCACACUUAAGGCCGGCUCCUACUUCGGCGAGAUCUCCAUCCUCAACAUGGGCACUGCAGGCAACAGACGGACGGCGUCGGUGCGAUCUGUGGGUUACAGCGACCUCUUCGUGCUCUCCAAGAAGGACAUGUGGGACGUGCUGAAGGAGUACCCCGCAGCCAGGGUCAGACUAGAGGCCAUCGCCGCCAAGAGAUUAGAAAAGUACAAAAAAGCGCCGCUGGAGAAAGCCGCCAUGGGUAGAAGUAGUUCCACCCCUGGUCUGGUCGAGUCCACAGGCAGAGUCCCCUUAGAAGAGAUGUGGUUACCGCCAGUCCCUCCAGUGAAGCUACCCCCUCCUUGUCACACACCUGGCUACAGUCCUGCCACCAGUCCCAGGACAAGAGCUCAUCGUUCACAGACCCUCGAGUCGGAGAGGUACACGGUCGAGUCAGUCUUGAGCGACUCCUCUUCCAGACACUCCACUGACGACGACAAGACUGUACACACCCUCCAGCACCCGUUCUCCCAAGGACCUCCUCCACAUUCCACAGGUACUAUCUUCCAUGCACCCUCCAGUAUCCGUUCUUCCAGGGGCCUCCCCUCACUCCACAGGAACCGCCUCCCACAUAUCCUAGGUGGACCUUCCUCCACAUUCUACAGUCUCAGUCUCCCCACAAUCCACUCGCACUUCUCCCCUAUAUACUCCUCAGGUACUGUGUCUCAUCUUUCAUCCACGCGUUUUCCCAAGGGCUUUUUACAUUUUAGAACCCCUAUGGGUUUAGUGAUCCUCCAUUAAUGUAAAAAUAAUUUUUACAUUCUAUAGGCACUGCCUGUGACACACUCAGAGCCAGUCUCAGGUACAUUUCACGGGUGGUGUCUCCCACACACUCCA